GGAUAGAAACGAUUUUGUGUGGCAUAUUAGUGACCCAAAUCCUGCCGUGCAGUACUCGUGAUCCCACGCGCAGUAUUUUUACAUUUAUUUUAUUACCCCAAAAGUAAGAUUAUCCUUCUCUCUUCUCUGGUCACUUUCAUCGAUGGUUCGGUGCAAACGACGAAGACGAAGUACAGUUUAUCUGCAACAGAUAUGGCGUCGUCAUUCUCCAUAACGGGCAAUGGCAUCGUCUUGCCCUUUUCAACAUCGUCGUCGUUAUCCAUAAGGACCAUAACUGACGAAGAAUCUCAAGAUUGGGGUCAACGACUGGCCACCGCGAACUCGAAGCAGCGGGAUGAACCUGGCACGGUAAAGAAGGAGAUAGAGGAGGAUGAUGAAUUGGAAGGGGAGGAGGAGGAGGAGGUAGAAGCCGAGGAGGAGGAAGGUAGCGCGGUGUACAACACAGCGAACACGAUUUCUGAUGAUGUCCUCAAAUUCCCGGAGAAAAGGAGGGAGGAGGAGGAGGGAGUAGAGGAGGAAAACAAGAAGGAUGUCAAGAUCCACGAAGACGAAAAGGAGCAGGAGAAGGAGGAGGUGGUGGAGGCGGCGGCGGCGGCGGCGAAGGAGGUGGUUUGGAUGCGUCGGCUCGCUGGACGAGGACAGCCAAUGGCGGAGGAACGCAGCCUUCGUCGGGAUCGGAAUGGUAACCGAUUCUCAGGCAUCCUGUCCUCGUCGUCACCUCCGACACCUGGUCCCCGUCCCGGUCCCGGUCCUGGUCCAGGUCCCAGUCCUGGUCCCGAUUCCGUACCGUUAUCAACUGGGACAGCUGGUCUUGGUUCAAUUUCCCUACCGUCGUCACCUUCUGCUGGUUCAAGCCCGAUUUUUUUGGGAAUUGGAGACAGAAAAGACAGAUUUGUUUACAACUCCAGUGCGGUUUUCCUGAAUGGCGCAAAUCAUGCGUACUACCAACACGGAAAUGAUUUUGGAAAUGGUAGAGGCAAUGUCACCUUUCCGGCCAUGGCCAAAGUCCUGAAAAUGAAUGUGACGAAGCUGGAGUCUUACAUCGAGAACGUACUCAAACCGGUGGUCAUGUCUCUGAAAGAUGAACCCGGUAUAGCCGCAUGGGAGAUCAUCAACAAUCCUGAGCAAUUGCUCAAAAUCACAGACGACCCGAGCGACCAGCAGUGUUUAUACACAAGCCGCUUAGUACGUGGAGGGGAGUUGAGCGAUGACGACGAUGAUGGUAAUGAUAUCCCGGUGGACGGGUAUGUUCAAAACUCUUUCAAGAUGAAGAGAAUUCUUCGGUUCAUUAACUGGCAGGCAGAUGCUAUUCACACAACCGAUCCGAAGGCGCUCGUUACAGUGGCUGCGUACUCGGAGCGGUCCAUCGGCAACAAUUCUGUUGAUUAUCAGAACUUCUACAGUGACACUUGCCUGAAGAGGCACGGCAACAAGUCGCAAGGUGUUCUCGACUUUUACAGCGUCAACGCUUUCACAAGGAAAGGUAACAGCAGUCGCCUGAAUGGGAUCAUCGGCCCAAUCUCCAUCUCCGCUGACGAGUUUGAUCUGGACCGUCCAUUGCUCAUCGCUGCAACAUCAAGUUGGGGAACUGGCUUGUCGAUCGGAGAAAUCUAUAAGCGCGCGAAUGAAAGCAACUAUGUCGGUGUCUUGGGAUGGCAGGCGGAUUGCCACUGUGUUUACGCAGACUGUGAUGGAAUCGAAACCAUCGCAGCGGGAGUGACCCUCCUCAGCCUGACAAGGAACGAGAGCGAACAAGAGACGGUAGGGACGUACCGUUCCCUGUGUCAGAGUGGAGAAGGAGGACCAUGGUAUGACUUGAAGGCCUUCGACUGGAUAGCUGUGGGGGUCUCUUCACUCUACUACUUCUGUCUGAUGAUGCUAAUAAUUCUGGGCUAUCAUAAACUCUUCGAGGCGUUCAUGUUCUUACUCACAAAGCGGAAGGCACCGCGGCCUGGGUCUCUAACUGAUCUACCCUAUGGUUUCCCCUUCGUCACAGUACAACUGCCAAUCUUCAACGAGCAGUGCGUCGUUGCAAGGAUGAUUGCAGCCUCGUGCAAACUUGAUUGGCCUCCAGACAGAUUUGAGGUUCACAUUCUUGAUGAUUCGACAGAUGAUACGACAAAAAUUGCAAUGGAAGAAGCAAAAAAGUGGCGAGAGAAGGGUGUCGAUUGUCGUGUAAUCUUGCGAUCAAACAGGACUGGAUAUAAGGCAGGGGCGCUUGCUUACGCAACUGAGCGCCACGCUCUUGGAGAUUUCAUUGCCAUUUUUGAUGCUGAUUUUGUUCCACCAGAGGUACUCUCUUUCCCAUCCUCAACACAAGACACUGUCAUGCUUUUUUUGAGUGUAUAGCGAAUAUGACAACACACACACACACACACACACACACACACACACACACACACACACAC